AAUAUUAUUUUAUUUCAAAUACCCAGGAAAAUGGCAAAGUGAUUUUGAUAAUGAAGUAUAUGAAAAUAUCACUGGCACUGAAGAACCAAAUGAGCCCACAAGAAUGAUGAUGAAAAUUUAUCAAGAACCAAAAGGCGGAAGUUUCUCACCAAAAGUUCUGAAGGCAAGUGAAACGUUGAGGACACAGAGGAGACUCUUGAUGGUUCUGGUGACCCUGCUGGUUCUUGUUUUCAUGUUCCUGAUAAUCCUGACCAGCCUCAUGUUUAUAUACUAUUCUAAAGUGAGCCGGCAGCUACAGCAGGAACAUGAGGAGAAAGCCAACCUUCUAACACAGAUCACAACCAUAAAACAGGCACUGGAUGAGGACAAAGCCAACCUUCUAACACAAAUCACAACCGUGAAACAGACACUGGAUUCCCGUAUAUCAGAUGCUAAGAACAGUAUGAAGCAGGAUCUCUUACAGACAAUACAAAAAGAGAGACCCCGGUGUGAUUCUGGCUGGAAAGCAUUUGAUGGAAGCUGUUAUUAUAUCGUUACAACUGAGAAGAACUGGGUGGAUGCCCAGGCCAUUUGUAAAACAAUGAAUAGUGAUCUGGUUAUUGUCAACAGUGAGAGGGAAAAGAACUUCAUUGAAGGUCUUACUGACAACUCCUAUUUUUGGAUCGGCCUCAGAAGGGAUAAUAAGGAUAAGAAUGAGUGGAGAUGGGUGGAUGGAGCAUACUAUUAUCCACCAGAGAGGUUUUGGAAAAAAGGGGAGCCAAAUAAUACAGAUGGGAAAGAAGACUGCGUUCAUAUGUCGUAUGGAAAGUGGAAUGAUAUUUUUUGCACUCAUCAACAUAAAGCGAUCUGCGAGAAAAACUGAUGUGCUGUGUAUUGGACAGACCUCUGAACGGGCAACUGGGUGUGUACAGGCACAUAGACUUCUGUAUGUUAAGGUCACAGACCUCUAAUCUCACUCAGAGACACUGUAGAACUUACCAGACAGGGUUUUAGGGGCUUUCUGAUUAUCUAGCUGGUCGGUCUGUAGCACUGUAGACCUCGAGGUCUGCGAGGUCUGCGGAACGUAUGUGGAGGAAAUCCCGUACGCAAGCGGACUUUAUCCAUUACAAAUUCCUAUUGG